AGAUCACGAUCUUGCUUAAAACAAGAUUAACAAAACCGGCAAAAAGCUGUUCAUCAGUUUCUAUCCUCUUCACUGGAUUCAGGGUCAAUGAAAAUCCGAAGAAGUCAAAUGUGAGUUUUUACUUCUGCUUACAAAUAUCAGGCUUAAACCUAAAACCUCAACUAUGAACUUUUACCAAUUUCUCUAUCACGAUUUCACCCUGCUUCAUGAAAUUAUUUUUAUUUUUUUACCUCGAAUUUAUCCUCCAGAUAGUGGCUUACAAGAUCUCAAGGGGUCAUUUACAUUUGCCCUGCGAUAAGGCAUGAAUUUAACCGCGAGUAGCUAUAUGGUUGGUGCUUGAACGCCGGCUCUCUAGAAUAUGAUUUUUCACUGUAGUAUUCACUAGCUGUCAAUCUUUAUACCAUGCAUACUCGGGAAUAUAAAAAAUAUCCGAACAAAAGCCCUCAAAAACGGCACAGUAGGCAUAUUCCUUUCAUAAAGCUUAUUUUUGAUCACAUUCAGUAAAGCGUUAAAUUAUUGAAUAAAGCAACCCUCCUGGCGCGAUGUAAUUGCGAUUUGUGUAGUUGUAACUUCCCAUGAAAUUAAACUUUUAUAGUUUCGAUUGCUAGCCAUAGUUUCCUGCAGAGUUCAGACGCUAAAACAAGGCCCGGGCUCUGAAGGUUUGAUCAUGAAAAGCCGUUUUUUUAUCGAAUUGUGGCUUGGUGUUUUAAUCCUGCUUAGUUUUUCAUUAAAAGGAAACCAUUCUCUUUUUCUCAAACACUCAAGUGCUCGCUGUGUCCGUAGCGCCAAAACUCCUCAUCUUCAAGCAGCAUGGGCCAAAAUAUGGAUCCUGGAACUAACGAAUGAUUGCACAGCACCCGAAGCACAAUUUCGUUUCUUAGACCAAGGUGUUCUACAGCACGUUUCCUCUGCUGGUUGUGUUUUGCCAUUAUCUGGCACAACUACACCGAAGGUAGGCGUAAAGCUGGUGGUUUUCGCUUCGAAAGAUAUUUGUAAGAACAAGAGUGCUCAGGCCUACACUCAGACUGAGUAUGGCUCUUUACGUCAUGCUGAUGGUAAAUGUAUUCAACCUCAUACGUCAUUUGGUUCCUCGCCGCCCGUGGGCGCACAAAUGGAGUACACAGCAGUUUGUAAUAAGACAUUGCAGCACUUUGUGUUAGGUUCUGUCACGUGUGAGGGAAGCAAAGCGAGAGACAUAAACUGUCCUGCUUCACAAGUGAUCAAAAUAACAAAGGCAAAUUAUGGAGGAUAUGGUUCGAUGAAAACGUGUGGUUAUUAUAGAAAUUACAACUGUUUGUUGCCAUCAGCCUUGUGCUAUAUGAGACGAACAUGCGAUGGACGUCAAAGCUGUGAGAUGAAUGUCACGACAGAAGAGUUCAAGCAUGAUGCUUGUCCAGGAAUGAAAAAAUAUCUUUAUGUCCAGUAUAGAUGCGUGGAAAGAAAGAAAUUUAAAAAAGAAAAUGUGAUUAGUAAGUUCGUCUGCCUUGUUGUCAUAUCUCGUCGAAACUCGGCGAUGAUGGCUUAA